AUGUUUCCCAUUCGAGGCUCUCCCGGUAUAGGGCUACUGGCCAUAUGUCUACUCCUGACUAUCAUUGGUCUCGCCAACCUCAAUAGCAACGACAAGCCCAUCGACUACCGCAACCCCUCACAUAAUCCUCGCGGGAAUAGCAUUCAUAACGACCGGCCGGGACCUCGCGGUCUACAAUACGCUGCCAAAGAAGGCCGCCGCCAAGCGCGAAGAAGUGGCACUCGCAGCGCCUCCAUCUCGGCCACACGCACGUCUUCCCCGCAGCCUACGCCUACUUGCUACAUACCAGGCUCGCUCACCCCCUGGUACGAUGUAGAGGUAGACAAGCUGUGCCAAUGUGACCACUACGAGUGGGACGACGGCAGCGCAACGGCGAACGCGGGUUGGGGACCCGUCUGA